AUGAAGCUAGUAUUGGUGUUAUUGAUUGUGGGCUAUGCCGCAGCAGAGAUCAAUCAAAGGACGAGUGCACAGAUGAUCGACAAUACAAAAAAUGAUUCGAAUCUUUCGUCAAUGGAUAAGUGGAAGAAGGACUGCAGUAAAUGGUAUAGCGCAAUGUGUUUGAGACUCGAUGUUAUUUCUUUUGUGGAUCGAUUAUCCGAACGAAAUAGUAUAGGAAUCCUGCCAGGUGUUACGGUAGUGAAGCAGAACAGUACGGCACCUGCUGGUAAUGUCGUGGCGAAUCUCGCGCGAGAAUUUCCUAAUGACGUUGAUAAACGUAUGGACGCUUACCUGAUGCAUAAGAUUGGCAAUUACCUAAACAGUCAUGCGAUCUCAAUCAAGCUCUUUGAUCCGCGAACUUUCGAGGCGACGAGAAGCUUCAAUGAAGCGGCAAUGGAGCAAUUGGGACUUGGCGAACAGCGUAACGUCGAAUCUGGACGAGCUAAAGGUAAUAAAGGUGGCAUGGGUGGUUUAAUGGCAGCAGCAAUGAUGAUGAAAGGAACACUAGGAGCUUUGGGUUUUGGUGCUCUAGCAAUGCUCGCCGGUAAAGCUCUAAUGACAGGUUUAUUGGCCCUCAUGCUAUCAGCAAUUAUCGGUUUGAAAUCAUUAGCAAGUAGUGGCGAGAAAAAGACUACAUACGAGAUAGUCGCCAAACCUGUACAUUCAGUUUCUCACAGUCACAGUUCAGAAGAACACGGUGCCCAUUACGGUGGCGGUUACGGCCGAUCACUCGACCUCGUACACGAUGCCAUCAAACAAUACGGAAAUCCGCGGGUGAGGCGCAGCGCAGUUUCUAAAUGACUUUUUCGUGUUCAACGAUUUCGUACUUCCGUACUAUAAUGUCGACGAGUGAACACUUUGUUUUGUCACCGGUGACUAAAAAAAGACGUUUCUUGCUUUCCUGUGUAAGGACUGUACUUUUUUCCUUUUCUCUAUUUUUCACUCUGUUACUUCAUUGCUUUUUCUGCUCUGCUUUUUUCCUUGAUCAAACAUCCUUUUG